UUGAGUAUGAACCAAAUGAAUAGGGGUUGAGGUUGAGUGUGAGUCAACGCUAUACCUCUGCUAUGCCUAUUUCACUUUUGAGUUUUGAUCACUGCACCUGCUGUGCCUAUGUGUGUGCUGUCUACUCUUCUCUACUCUGCUCUGCUCUGCUCGUCCUCAGAUCCAUCCAUCUUCUCCUCCCUACCCAUCAUCACUCACGCUGCUGCUUAACUACUGUUUUCCCUACCACCAUUCUUUCGCUCUCGAGUUUUCCUGCUCACUGCUCCGCCCCUGCGCUCCCAUGAUGCAAUCAGGAUAUGAUAUCAAUCAUCUUGUUCGGGAAGCUCAAACUCGGUGGCUCAAGCCAGUUGAAGUGUUUCUCAUCUUACAGAAUUAUGAGGAGCACCAGCUCACCCACCAAAUCCCUCAAAAACCACCUAGUGGAUCUUUGUAUCUGUUCAACAAGCAAGUACUAAGAUUUUUUCGCAAAGAUGGUCAUAGGUGGCGUAGAAGGAGGGAUCAGAGAACUAUUGCUGAAGCACAUGAACGGCUUAAGGUUGGGAAUGUAGAAGCCCUAAACUGUUAUUAUGCCCAUGGGGAGGAGAAUUCUAACUUUCAAAGGCGCAGCUAUUGGAUGUUGGAUCCGAAAUACGAGCACAUCGUUCUUGUUCACUACAGAGAUAUUGGCGCAGGAAAGCAGAAUGCUGGAUCAACGUCUCAGUUUUCAACAUUUUGUUCAUCUGCCGUCAAUCCUAGUCAUAACUCUUUACCAACACAACAACCAGACUCUUCUUUUGACAUUGGUGAAUCUUAUGAAUUGAAUCAUAAUCAAUCAAGUCCCAGCUCCGUGGAGAUUAGCUCUAGUCAAAUGAAGGAUCCUGUGCCAAAUCAUUUCGAUAUUAUAGAGAGAACUGAUGAGGUCAGUAGUUCAUCAGUGCCGGAUUUAAGUCGGGCAUUGCGAAGAAUUGAACAGCAACUGAGUUUAAAUGAUGAGGAGGUGGAAGAAAUGAAGACGUUCUAUGUCGAGAAUGAGGAUUCAAAUGAUUUAGAAGACGUGCUAUGUGAUUAUGAAUUAUCUGGUCAGACACCAAAUGUUCCAGAUCUUCUUCCAGAACAAUCAGAAUUAGGAGCGAAACCAAAAGCGGCAUGGGGGGUGCUCAUGGGGCAUGACUUUAAAGGUGACGGAGUUCAACAACGUCAUCAACUCCCAGCAGUAGAAGUUGACAUUUGGAAUGAGGUGCUAUACAGCUCCCAGAAGUUGCCAAAUCUUGAGUUGCAAACAAAACUUGGGGCAGAGUAUGCUAUUCUUUCAAGUCUACAACAUGUAGAUUCUCAGAAAUACCAUGCAUAUUCUUCUGUACCACAUGCGUAUGGGACCACUCAACACUACUAUUCAUCAUUAUUUGACCAAGAUGGUUCGGGAACUUCUCUUGAAAGUAACAUAAGUUUGACCUGUGCCCAAAAGCAGAAGUUCACUAUCCGUGAGAUAUCUCCAGAUUGGUGUUAUUCAUCCGAGGGUGCAAAGAUCAUCAUUAUUGGGUCUUUCCUCUCUGAUCCAUCAGAGUGUGCAUGGGCUUGUAUGAUUGGUGACUCUGAAGUUCCAGUUCAGAUUAUUCAGGAAGGUGUCCUCUGCUGCCAUUCUCCACCUCACUUUCAGGGAAAAGUCAAUAUUUGCAUCACUUCUGGGAAUCAGGAAUCUUGUAGUGAAGUUAGGGAGUUUGAAUAUCGUGCUAAGCCUAAUGUUUGUACACACAGUAAUCUACCUAAAACAGAGGUUAAUAAGAGUUCCGAGGAACUCUUGUUGCUUGUCAGAUUUGUGCAAAUGCUACUAUCUGAUCUCCUGCCAAAAGGAGAUGUCUCUAGAUCAAGAAUUAAUUUGUUGGGGAAAUCAAGGAUGUCUGAGGACUCAUGGAGCCAAAUCAUUGAUUCACUUUUAGUUGGCACUUCAACAUCAUCAAGCACUCUUGAUUGGCUUCUCCAAGAACUUCUGAAGGACAAGUUGGAAGUGUGGCUUUCAUGCAAAUUACAGAAGAACAACCUCAGAGGCUGCUCUUUAUCAAAGAAAGAACAAGGUAUCAUACACAUGGCCGCUGGAUUGGGGUUGGAAUGGGCGUUGAAACCAGUUCUGAAUUCUGGAGUAAGCAUUAAUUUCCGCGACAUUAAUGGGUGGACUGCACUUCACUGGGCCGCACGAUUUGGGAGGGAAAAGAUGGUUGCUGCUCUGAUAGCAUCGGGUGCAUCAGCUGGAGCAGUUACAGAUCCCAAUUCACAGGACCCUACUGGUAAGACAGCAGCAGCAAUUGCUGCUACCUGGGGCCAUAUGGGACUUGCUGGUUAUCUUUCAGAAGUUGCGCUAACUAGUCACCUGUCAUCCCUCACACUGGAGGAAAGUGAACUAUCUAAAGGAUCUGCUGCCGUCGAAGCAGAAAGAACAGUGAAUAGUUUAUCAAAGGAAAGCUCCUCUUCCAAUGAGGAUCAGGUUUUUCUUAAGCAUACACUGGCUGCGGUUCGGAAUUCUGCUCAGGCUGCUGCACGUAUACAGUCUGCCUUUCGUGCUCAUUCAUUUCGGAAGAGGCAGCAGAGAGAAGCUGCAGUUGCCAUUGGUGAUGCUGUUAGAGAUGAAUACUGCAUAUUAGCACACAACAUUCGGAGGAUUUCAGAGGCUUCAAAGUUGGCGUUCCGCAAUGUACGUGACUAUAACUCAGCUGCUUUAUCUAUUCAGAAGAAAUAUAGAGGCUGGAAAGGUAGGAAGGACUUCCUUGCAUUCCGCCAGAAAGUUGUAAAGAUACAGGCUCAUGUGAGGGGCUAUCAGGUGAGGAAGAAUAGUAAGGUUUGCUGGGCAGUUGGCAUACUGGACAAGGUUAUACUAAGGUGGCGCAGACGAGGAGUUGGUUUGCGAGGAUUUCGACAUGACUCAGAAUCUAUCGAUGAAAGUGAGGACGAAGACAUCCUUAAGGUGUUCAGGAAGCAGAAAGUGGAUGCAGCUAUUGAUGAAGCUGUCUCUAGGGUGCUGUCUAUGGUUGAAUCUCCUGAUGCACGUCAGCAAUAUCAUCGCAUUCUUGAAAAGUAUCGUCAAGCCAAGGCUGAGCUUGAAAGUGCGGAGUCAGACACAGCAUCCUCUUCUGCUCCUCACAUUUCAUCAUAUCAGGGCGUACUUUCCCAUAUGGAAAAUGAUGAGAUUACCAGUUAACGUAGUUGCAGUUGCUGGUCAUUCAAAAGUUUGCUUCCUUCUGUAAUUGCUUUGUUCCAGCUAGAGGGAUGUAGUGAUUAUGUAUUUUUCGCUGGUGGAUGUCAUGCUAAAAUUCAUGGCUAAGCCCAAGGCAGUUUCGGGUAUAAAAACUGAGAGUGUGAAGGAAAUCAUACGCAUACGAUACGGCAUACAUUGACGUUGCCCAAAGUCUUCUACUCGACCUGUCGUUCUUGCUCCUUUGCACCUUUUUAAUUAGCACACACAAACUGUAUUAUUGGAACUUUAUUUUAAUUGGAGAAAUCAAUAUGGAGAAUUAGGAUAUUGAUA